AUGGCUACUUUCCAAUAUCUUUUCCAAUUCGAGACAGAACAUCAGGAGAGAUUUUUCGCAAAAUGUGACUCAACAGAGCCCGUCAUUGGGGCAUCGGUCACAGCCUACCCGACCUUUGAAGAUUUGGUGGAAAACAGAAAUCCGAGAACAGAGACCGUAGCAAAGCUACUCCCACCCCUUCCCCAAAUGGGACUUCCAAUUUACUGUGUCGGACUCAAUUACAGGAGCCAUGCAAAAGAAGCCAGUAUCAAUGUCCCAGCCAAUCCCCCAGUAUGGACCAAACCUGCCGCAGCACUAUCAGCUCCAAAUGAAAGUAUCCCAGUCAGUCGAUUUUGUGCCUCGCAUCUUCCCGACUGGGAAGGUGAACUAGUAUUCAUCACGGCGCGCCAGUGCCGGGAUGUUACACCGGAGGAAGCCUCAUCCUAUAUCCUUGGGUACACAGUAGGCAACGACCUUUCUUGCCGCUUUUUUCAACUCCCUGAACAGUCCGGUGGCCAGUUUUUCUACGCAAAGGCCUUCGACAAAUUUGCUCCAAUAGGACCGGUCCUUGUGAGCCCGGAUAUCUUCAAGAGGAACGCAACGGCCACUUUGGUAACCCGCAUCAACGGAGAAGUGAAGCAAAAUACUAUCAUUGAAAAGGAUAUGAUAUUUACCCCAGAACGGGUGCUGAGUUGGAUGAGUCAAAGCACCACUAUACCGGCACACACGGUGGUGAUGACCGGAACACCGGCGGGAGUUGGAAUUUUUCAGAAGCCACGUCAACUUCUCAAAGACGGAGACAAGAUCGAAGUGGAGAUCUCUGGAUUGGGCACACUGAAGAAUCAGGUCAGAUUUGAGAAGGGACAAGAUUCCAUAAUGUGA